UCGUGUAAUAAUUUUAAAAAAUGUGCUUUUAUUUUGUAUUAUAAUGUUUGAAAUUUCACCAAAUCCUGAUUAACACUGAAGAAUCCUAUUUUUUUUGUUAUAUUUUAAGAAUUUUAUUAUUUUAUUUAUUUUGGUGAACACUAGUACCUGUACUGUCACUUUAAGAAUGUCUUAUGACGUCAGUACUGCAGUACUCUCAGUUAACGCUAGGCUGCCUGAGAAUCGUAGAAAAUUUUCUUUGCUUUUAGUUAAGCUCGCAUUUUAUGAAAUAUACAAAAUAAUUGUAAAUACAUGCAGCUAUGAAUGUUUGUUUGUUUUUAUGCAUACAGAGGAGAAUUCUUUUUGACAAGUUCAGAACAUUUUUCUUAAAUGUUAGCGCAGAUAUUGUCACAGAGUUUCUCCAUGUGCUUAUCUGCUAGGGGAAUUCCGACUCCUGUCAACGGAAGAGCUGCAUGUUAAAGGGCAUUUUUAUUUCUAUUUGUGCAGGCCUCUGCCAGCAACCUGCAUUAAAGCUCAACCAGCAACUCCUGUGGUCUGACUCCCUUCUUCAACUGAACACAUCGCAGAACACAUCAAGGUUAACCGACUGUAUAAGACUAGGUCAUCAGUAAAAAACACUGGAUUCAGCUGGUCAAACAUUUUACAUCCUCCUCCAGUGACCUGCAUCUUGUUCAAGUGCGAACUGAAAGUGAAACUCACUUAAACAUAGGAUGCAGAAAUCUGUCAAAGUGAAACUUUCAGUUCGCAGUUGGUGUUUGUCAUAUGGUCUCGGUCACAUGUGGGCAGGACAUCUUUUUAGUAAAAUGUAUCAUCUGAUUGUAGCAGUAAUUGAGUAAAAUGCUAGAAAUCCCAGCUGUGUACUAACAUGUGACUCCUUGUGGAUCUUACCCAAAUAUAUUGGGUUUGUAAAAUCUUUUUCUAAACGUUUGAACUUAGAAUAGAAAUAUUGUACUAUUUGUCCCACUUUGGGAAUAUCAAGCUAAAGGCAUAUUCAAAUUAAUGUAAAAAUUUUUUUAAUGGAAAAAUGUGUACAACAUAAGAAUACUGUGGUUAUUAAAAAUGGCAUACUAGGACAAAAAUGUGUAACUGAGUAGAUGUCUUUGAAACAGCAACAGAUUAAAAAUGUAGAGCAGAGAGCAGUUUUGGUUAUAAAGCUGGAAGGAAUGAUCUUUGAUAACCUUUUGUGCACAGAAUGCAGAAAUCUGUCACUGACUUGUCUGUCAAGAUGACAUCUGCAAAAAGUAUCUAACCUUGUAUAAGGGUUAGAUAUGGCAGAGAACAGGUUUGAUGCAGGGUGUGGCUUCUGUUCCCAGUCUGCAGAACCGAGUAUUUUCAUUCCAUUCUGCCUGCCAACCCUCCAGCUGCUGUUACCCACAAAAAUGACUCACCUUCCAGCACUUUUUAAGUAUGUGGAUGAACACGAUGAUCUCUAUGUGCAGCGCCUGGCAGAAUGGGUCAGUGUCCAGAGUGUGUCCGUUUGGCCUGAGAAGCGCGGAGAGAUCCAGAAGAUGAUGGAGAUGGCAGCGGAUGAGAUCAAGAUGCUGGGGGGGAAAGUCGAGCUGGUGGACAACGACACCCAAAAGUUUUCCUCUGGUGAGGAGAUCCCUCUGCCUCCCAUCCUCCUGGGCAGCUUGGGCUCGGACCCAGCCAAGAAGACGGUGUGUAUUUACGGUCACCUGGACGUCCAGCCUGCUCAGGUGAAGGACGGCUGGGACACCGAGCCGUUCACUCUGGUGGAGAAAGACGGUAAGCUGUAUGGAAGAGGAUCCACUGAUGAUAAGGGUCCGGUUCUGGCCUGGUUCAACUGCAUCGAGGCCCAUCAAAAGAUUGGGACGGAUCUUCCCAUCAACAUCAAGUUCUGCUUUGAAGGAAUGGAGGAGUCGGAUUCUGAGGGCCUGGACGACCUGGUGUUUUCCCGAAAAGAUUCGUUCUUCAAAGACGUGGAUUAUGUCUGCAUCUCUGACAACUACUGGCUGGGAAAGACCAAACCGUGCAUCACCUACGGCCUCAGAGGAAUCUGCUGCUUUUUCAUCGAGGUCGAGUGCAGCAAGACAGACCUUCACUCCGGCGUCUUUGGCGGCUCGGUUCAUGAGGCCAUGACUGAUCUCAUUUUACUCAUGGGCUGUCUUGUCGACAGGAAAGGAAAGAUUUUGAUUCCUGGGAUAUACGACAGCGUCGCUCCUCUGACAGAAGAGGAGAAAAAACUAUACGACAAGAUCGAUUUUGACGUGGUUGAGUACUGCGAAGAUGUGGGAGCUGGAAAGCUGCUGCAUGAAACUAAGGAACAAAUCCUGAUGCACCGCUGGAGGUAUCCGUGUCUUUCUCUGCACGGAAUCGAGGGAGCGUUCUCCGAAACUGGAUUCAAGACUGUUAUUCCCCACAAGGUCAUUGGCAAAUUUUCCAUCCGCCUCGUCCCUGACAUGGACCCCAAAGUCGUGGAGAAGCAGGUGAUCGACCAUGUGCAGAAGAAAUUUGCUGAGUUGGGAAGUCCUAAUAAAAUGAAGGUGUACAGUUUUGGUGAAGGGGCCAAAGCCUGGGUGUCUGACUUUAACCAUCCUCACUACAUGGCUGGUCGAAGAGCAAUGAAGACGGUUUUUGGCGUUGAGCCGGACCUGACCCGUGAGGGCGGCAGCAUUCCCAUCACUCUGACCUUCCAGGAGGCAACGGGUCGGAACGUCAUGCUGCUUCCUAUCGGAUCCUCCGAUGAUGGAGCUCACUCACAAAAUGAAAAAAUCAACAGAUCAAACUACAUUCAAGGAAUCAAGAUGCUGGCUGCUUACUUCCAUGAAGUUUCAAAACUGGGUUGAACUCAUAAAGUCUUAAAUAACAUCUGUGCUCACUUUCAGAACCUGAACCCUUUCAGUACAAUUUUUACCUUUCAACCAAAAGCGUUUCUGGAGACGUCUGACAAUAAACUGGCUUUCACAUUAA